ACCACACGAACCAUGAGUGCUGCUGCUGGCGGUGGGCACCUUGCGGUUGUCAAAUGGCUGCAUGAAAAUCGAUCGGAAGGGUGUACGGCUGCAGCCAUGAAUAACGCAGCCGGCCAAGCCUCGAUGCUCAAGUGGUUAAAAUCGAACCGAUCGGAAGGAUGCACGAGUUUGGCAAUGCACAUGACUGCCUAUCGCGGAAACUUGGUCGUUCUGCGAUGGCUUCCCGAAAACACUUCAGUGAGACCUUUGCCCCGUACGAUGGAUAACGCUGCCGAUGGCGGCCGUCUAGAUAUUGUGAAGUGGCUGCACAAGGUAGGAGCGGGCUGCACGGCUGAUGCGAUGAACAAUGCAGCGAGUAAUGGCCAUCUUGAUGUGGUAAAGUGGCUC